GGCAAGAUCGGACAUGAGAACUGCUGCGUAAAGUGAGUUCAUGCGCAAUGCCACCAUGCACUAGCUACUCUGUAGCACAUAUCACUGUAGCAAGUGAUCUCGCUCGCAGGCAGACUUCUCUUAGGUGCGCUCGUGAGUGUGCUGCACGUCGGACGCAUGUCCCAGUUUUGGCACUGAGGCGAGUGUGUAGGAACCAAGCGCGUCCUCCUCUCUCUCCUCUAACCUCCUCACAGCGCGACGCACGAUUCCACAGGAUGCUUCACCAUAUGCUUCUCUUAACCACUGAGUUUGGGGUUUGGAUGUAGGCGAUCCAUCGGGCGCAGAGUGAGUUCUGGAUUUGGAUCCUUCGCUGGCACGGCUUUGCGGGUGAUGGUGAAGCGCGUCUUGCGCGCUGCCGCACGUUUCCUCGAUCUUUCCUCGGGACGUUUGGCGAAGGGAAAUGUGAAGAAGGUUUAAAGAAUGGCAUGUAAACAUGGUUUCUGCCAAGAAGGAGAUGGUGACUGCGAUGUACCCCACUUCUAUUUCCACUCUCCUCUACUUUCUGUGUGUGGCGGCUUGCAUAAAGAGAAUAUCUGGACAGAUCAGAAAGGAUGAGAAAUUAUAUCCGGAAAAUUUCACACGCAUUCUGGACCGACUUCUGGAUGGAUACGAUAACAGACUCCGACCUGGAUUUGGGGGUCCAGUGACGGAAGUGAAGACCGAUAUUUACGUCACAAGUUUUGGCCCAGUUUCCGACGUAGAGAUGGAGUACACCAUGGAUGUGUUCUUCCGCCAGACAUGGGUGGAUAGGCGGUUGAAGUAUGACGGCCCGGUGGAGAUCCUCCGGCUAAAUAACCUGAUGGUGACCAAAGUCUGGACCCCCGACACGUUCUUCAGGAACGGAAAAAGAUCUGUGGCUCACAACAUGACGGCACCCAACAGACUCUUCCGAAUCAUGAAGAACGGCACCAUCCUGUACACCAUGAGGUUGACAAUCAUUGCAGAAUGUCCAAUGAAACUCGUCGAUUUCCCCAUGGACGGCCACUCCUGCCCUCUGAAGUUCGGCAGCUAUGCCUACCCAAAGACUGAGAUGGUCUAUACCUGGACUAAAGGGCCGCAGCAUUCUGUGGAGGUCCCACCUGAGUCGUCGAGCCUGGUACAGUACGACCUGAUCGGACAGACUGUGUCGAGCGAGACUGUGAAGUCCAUCACAGGUGAAUAUGUGGUGAUGACGGUCUACUUCCACUUGAAACGGAAAAUGGGCUACUUCAUGAUUCAGACGUACAUCCCCUGCAUCAUGACUGUAAUCCUUUCUCAAGUGUCUUUCUGGAUAAAUAAGGAAUCCGUGCCCGCCAGAACUGUCUUUGGAAUCACCACUGUUCUCACGAUGACGACCCUCAGCAUCAGCGCACGGCACUCUUUGCCCAAGGUCUCGUACGCCACAGCCAUGGAUUGGUUCAUCGCCGUGUGCUUCGCUUUCGUCUUCUCUGCUCUCAUCGAGUUUGCGGCUGUGAACUACUUCACUAAUGCUCAAGCAGAGAGAGCCAAGAGAAAACAGGCCAAAGCCGCUGCCGCCGCAGCCACUGCCAAGAGCUCCACAGCGUCAGGCAAAGCUAAAGACACAGAGGAGGUUCUACAGCAAAACUCAGACACCAAUGGAAACUUAAGAAAACGCGUCAACUCCAAUGUCCAGUCUCAACCAGACUCCAAGAAAACCCAAAGAACCGAAACAUCUAGCAAGACCGGUGCAUCAGCUGCAUCCAAACCAACCUUAACCAGCCAAUCAUCUUCCACCUCAGAGGGUACCAGCAGUUUCUCCAGCCAAUCACGUCUCAGCCCGAGUUCCGCCAGCCAAUCAAACGCAGCCAAUUUGUCCUCGGCCUCAAAGACAACGCCACCAGCCCCGCCCUCUACACCAACAGUUCCCGAGAAACCGUCGCCUAGUGCACCCACAGGCUCCGCCCCUCUUCACCAUCUCCUCGGGCCUAAAUUAGAGAAUAUUAAAAAGAAGGAAGCCAAGGCUGCACCUCAACCUGCCGCUCCUCCAACCGGAGGAGCCAGCAAGAUCGAUGAAUACGCACGUAUUUUAUUCCCAGUGUCCUUUGGGGCAUUCAACAUGGUGUACUGGGUGGUUUACUUAUCCAAAGACACCAUGGAGGCAAAGGGAGGCUAACAAGAACAGGAUUGGUUGUUUGCACCCUUUUUUUUCCAACUCAGAUGAAAUAAAGAGCCCUCUUAAGGAUUACAUCAACAAGCAAUUCCAAGAAACUAAAUUAUACUACAGCAGACAAAACUGCACAAGCGCACAGAAGAGAUUAUCUGGGUUGAAUAAUAAUAAAACUUCUUUUGUUGGUAAUCAAAAGGGCCGUUCACAAGAUUAAGCAUGUGGAUAUAUUAUAAUAAGUCAAAAUAAUUCAAUUAAAAAAACAAUCCAAGCAAUCUCACAGGAAUGAAUCAUAGAUUUAUCUGUUGUCUGUUUGAAUAGCCAUAUUUCCAGUUUGUCCUUUUUAUCACCGGACACACUGAAGAACGAACAAUGCCACUGAGUAGAAAAAACAAUAUUAGUGUCGUUUAGUCUAUUUUUAUAUAGAGACACUUCCGGAAAAUAUCCUUCAUUCGGAGAAGCGUAAUUUUCAGAAAUCUGACAGAUCUUAACUGACCUUGCCGAUGUCUGCCAAGAAGACGUAUUUCUGACAUAUUUCUUUCAGUUGUGAUGAAAUCUAUUUUAAACCACAUCAUGGUGUAUGUAAACUAUCAGGCAUGAAUGGUAUCUAUCCCGUGUUCUCUCACCGAGAGAAAAUGAUGGAACGGAGCACGUCCUGAUCGGGGGAAAACACAUAUGCAUGUCUUUUAUUUUUUAAACAGACUAUAAGAAUUUACGUCGUUACAAAUUAAGUCGUUAAAGCAUAAAUUAUGAUUUUCUCUUUGUUUCUGAAGUUGAAUAGCUUGUUUUUAGUUCAGUUCGAUUUGGGUUUCGUUUUCAUUAUUGCAGUAUUUUUGGUCUUAUAGCUGAUAUGUUCUCAGCACGCAGCAUGUGCCGACGGGCCCCCUGGAGCCUGGUGCCGUGGCAACCCCACAGGGGCCAGAUGGUUCUGGAGUCAUUUGGAACAGUAAGAGGGUUAAACUGACUGAUGUUGUCAUACAAGCGCCAGAGGAUGAUGAAAACCUCCACCGAUCCACAUAGGGCUGUUUUUGUACUGUAUGUGUAAAUUGGAUACAAACAGUGAUUGGUCGAGGUCUUUCAUUAUCCACCAGUCGUUAGUUUCCACAAAAAUAAAAACUAAAAUCUGUGUUAAAGAUAAUGAUGACUCAAAAAUGGUUCCAUGGAACAAGAAAAUAACACAUUUAGUCGAAUGUUUGUCCAAAAAUGACAACAACAAAAAAGCACCAUUAAAAAAGUCAUAUGAUAGCUUUGUGUGAGUUGUCAUUUUUUGCAUUGCCUUUUUUUUUUAAGAUGUGAAUGGGUAUAAGAUCUUCAUCAACAAAUAAAUUAAAUGUUGGCUUGUUUAUCACACAAAGCUAUUGUAUGCUUUUAGGAAACUGAGUAUACAGUAUAUAGUACCGGAUAUGAAAAAAUCAUACUUUUUUUUUUUUUUUUUGCUUUCUGAGCUUAAUAACAGCUCUUAAGGUGCCAAAAAGGGGCUUUCUCAGCAAUGUCACAGAAGAACCAUAUUUGCUUCCCCAAUGAACCAGUGAACGUUUAUAAAAAGAAAAAAAAUCUUAGUGUGACAAAGUUUUUAAUAUUGUACAUUUUUGCACUAUAAAUUCCCUUUGGUGCAUUGGAAAGGUUCCUUGGAUGUUAAAUGUUCUUCAUAGAACCAUAGAUCCCAACAAAGAACCUUUAUUAUUUAGGAUGGCCACAUGUUUUUUUUAUACUGAAAAGGUGACAAAAAAGAAAAUCUCCUGUGAAGAAAGUCAUACGGGUUUGUAACAGCAUGAAGCCAGUUCAUUUUUGGGUGAACUGUCCCUCUAAAGUUCGAUUUAUUUGACUCAUGGUGUUUUGCUGUUUAGUAUUAAUGUGCUGGAAACUGCUGAACUGAUUCCAUGAUAUUCGGCUUUUCAACGAAUCCAUUCCACCAUUCUGUUGAAAUACGACAUAAAACAUAGCGUAUAUGGCUACAUUUUGUUUGAUUCAAUUUAAUCUAUAAAAUUAAUUAAAUUAUCAUUUGAUUACUUAGAACAAAGGUACAUGUGUAUUAUUAUACCCGUGCACGACUCUGGGUGGUGUUUCUGUGUGUGAGUUCAUAUGGAGAUACAGACAGUCUCACUGAUUAGACUCAAAUUUGAAUGAUCACUCCACAUGUUAAGAAAGCAUCAGAGUUCAUCGAAUGAAUCAUUA